AUGCAAACGGAAUAUGCGGACAAAAGAUUCGCCCGACACACGUCGAACGAGAUUCGGGCCGGGCCGUCCGUCACACUGCAGAGGAAGCUGGUAGAAUCGAAGCUCGCUAGCCCGAAAUUAGACCAUAGUAAACAAACCCCGGACAUCACGGAUUUCAUGAACGACUUGUUCUUCGGAACAAUCAAUGGUGGUGAUCAUCCGAAGAGAGCUUACAAUCUCAACGGUGGUGAUUGUACUAGAGGGCGGGCCUCACAAGAUCAAGAUAAUGAUGAUUUCGACUCGAGCACUAGGAGCGUCAGCAGCAGACAGACUCAGGAGUGGCUCGAGGAGGCUAAGCGGAUGGUGGCUUCCUCUCCUAACUCAAGGGGGGCCGAUUCCCCCACUAGGUUCGUUGGCUCGCCAAGAUUUGCUACGUCGCAGGCGAGGUUUUCGGCUUCGUCUAUUGAUAGAAGAGACCCUUUGUCUAGAUCUGCAAGAAGAAACAGGGCAUUGGAAGGUUUUAGUAGUGAAAUCCUUUCUAAAACAGCAACCCAUACCCGGAAAAGAUCCGAAACCAAUUUGGACCCUCCACCACAACAAAAUGGAUCCCCUACAUCAGAUGCACAAAAUUGGGUUUCCUCUGACCCCACACCACCGAGCCCCACAAGCAAUCCGGGGGGCCCACCUCUCCCUCCCCGCCAAUCAACGCACCGCAGAACCCGGUUCCAAGCACCCGCGCCCCAGACGAUCCCAGCUCUUCCCGCCAAUAUUUCCCUUUCAAAAAGGACUUUCAAAUCAACUCCAAUCACCUCAAACUCGCCUUCUCGAAUCCCCGAGGCUCAGCUUCUCUCCCCGCCGAAGCAUCUCGUCGAGUCCGCCCACCGGAGGUCGGUGUCGUCGAGCACGUGCUCCGUGCCGGAUCCCGCCGGAAUAUUCCUGUCGCCGCUGCGGAACUUGGUGGAGUCGGCCCACCGGAGAUCCGUAUCCUCCUCCACGUGCCGAACCGAUCGUAACUUCCGGAAGGAUAAUAGUAGCGACGACGGUGGCGGGAAAUUGAACGGUCGGGAUUUGAUCAACGGAUUCUUGAAGCAGCAGAGAGUCAAAAUUGAGAAGCUUUUGAGCGGCGAAAUCAAUGGCAGGGCCAAGAUUGUUCUCUCUGGACCCUCCAACAGUACGAGUUCAAUGGUGGCGGCCACGUGUUACGCGUGGCUAUCGGAGAACAAAAUGAGAGCGAAUAAAAGUGGGAAUGAUUUCGAAUUUGUUGUGCCUGUGAUGAACAUAAGGAGAGGGCAAAUGUGGAAGCACAGUCAAGCCGCUUGGCUUUUCGAUCACGUCGGCCUUGAUGCUACUUCGUUGCUCUUUGCCAAUGAGGUUGAUUUGGAGACACUAAUGAUGUCUAUGCAAUUAAGCAUGCUUGUAGUUGGGGAGGAUAUCCUUAAAACGAAUGGCGAGGUUGGAUCAUCGUGUACUGUUCUUACCGAUCAUUAUUGCGAGGAUGCAUACGACCUACUUCAGACACCGAUCUUGAAGCAACUUCUGCUAGCAGGUAUACUAUUGGACACGAAAAACCUAAGUACUUCCCCGAAGCUGUCUAUGGCUAGAGAUGCAGAGGCAGUUCAGCUUCUCUCCGUUUCCUCUGCUCCCAACUAUAGGAAUACUCUAUACGAUCAGUUGGUGCAAGAUCAAAGAGAUAACGACUUCUUUGAAGCUCUAUGCCGUACGUACGGGAAACCUCCUAGCGAACUUAAGUGGGACGGUAGAAUUUCUGAGAUGAAGAUUCCUUCCGAUAAAUUUAUUACACAAAAUGAAUCAAAUGAUGCAAGAACAAAGAAGGUUUCACCUAUUUCAGGUAAACCUAGACCGUCUCCGAUUCCGACUCCGGUAAAACCAACCGCAAAACCGAACGAAGAUCCCUCUCGUGGAAAAAAUCGAAACUUUUUCGCCAAGUUGUUUGGAUUUGGUUCAAAAUAGUCCAUACUUUUUUGGAGUCUUCUCUAUGUUUUUUUCUUUUUUUUAAUAAUUUAAAUUAUUAUUUUUGUAGCAAACAAUAAUUUGAGAAAUGAGUUGUCUGCAUGUAAUGUUAUUACAGCUGUGGCUGCAUCUUCAGACAAUUUCAUGUGUCUACCACAUAAUGCAGACACACUUUUGGAUUUCCUUAUCUUGUCUAUUUCUUCUUGUACUAGUUUGUUUUGUUUAAUUAAAUUGAGCUCCCUAACUUCUUGCCAAAUUCACUUAAACUCUAAAGUUCC